AGCGCGAGUGACCUGCUGGAGGACACGCGCGUGUCUGUCAGAAUAAUCACUACAAUAACUGUAAAAGCUAUUACAAUGUCGUACUUACUUUAAAGUGCGUGUCUGUAUAGUGAGUUUAUAACUGUUAUUCUACUUUAGUACAUUUUAUGUUUCUCGUGUGUUGCACAAAGGGAUUUAUAGCUUUUAUUGCCUACAUUAUAUUUAACACCUGAAAGGUAUCGGGUUUAGUUUUUGUUUUUGGGUGCAGACAGUGCCUCUAAUGCAUGAAAAACACAUUUUAAUAUCACGGUAACAAUCUUAUAAUAUGUAUAAUACUCUUCUAUAAACUUAGUUUGGCAUUUAUGUCGUAUUCCUUUAUUUCCAUGCUCCUAUAGGAUUGUAAUUCUGUAGGAUUUUUAUAACCGUAGGCCUAUAAUUACGCGUUUACAUUAAUUAUAAGGUUACAAUGUCUCCUUUCUUUAAUGAGACACGUUUUGCAAUUUGAUCCUCGAGUUACAUUCAAGAGCAGAACAUAAAACCCGGACGUGCAGCUCCUUUCAUGUGAUAACGUGCGCUAUCUCCGCUAUGUUCACCAGCACCUCCAUCAUCUCUUUGGCUGCAGAUCGCGGUCAGUUUUUUUUGGGGGGGUGCUUAUGAUGCCACGUGAACAAGCGACAAAAACACAGCGAAAGGGAUUGAUUUCAUAACGCUCGCGCGCGCGCGCGCACAAAGCCUGCCUCUCCGAGGGAAGCUGCAAUGUUGUGUUUACGUGCAUCCAUACGGUGAAGCAACACCUUGGAGAGCAUUGCAACACGACGGGGCUCGUGUUGCAAUGUCAAUAUACGUAUAUUUGUAAUCAAAGGCAGUAAAAAAAAAAAGAUAUAAACAGUUCAUGAGUGCUUGUUGUGUUGAAGCUCAUGCGCGUCCACGACGUCAGGGCAAGCAAGGGUAGGACGAGGACAGGCUUUUGAUUGAGAGCUAUAAACCAGAUUACUGUUUUAUUAUUAGGCUGUUUUAUGGUUAAUGUCAUCAUUCAUGGCAUUAGAUGUCAGAUAUGGAUCUGUCCAAUGUCAGGGACGAUGCAGCACUGACACAUAAACAGAGGCGGAGGAGGAGGAGGAGGAGGAGGAAGAGGAGGUGGUGGUGGUGGUGGACGAUCAGGCUGCUGUUUAGUUUUUUUCAUCUAUACAAUAAAAUAUUAAUUUCAGCUUAAAGACAUGCUCUGUUUCUAAAAAUAACUAAUAGGGUCAAACGUGUUUUGGCUCAGAUUUCGCUGUGUGGGCGUUUUUCAGGAAAAGGGAUCCUGUAAUAUUCUUGUAGUGUUUCUGUGGUGCUCUGUUUGGACUUUCUGCUCUCUGGUGUUUCUGCUCCCACUUGGUGUCGGAUUGUAUAUUUUGUUGUGUUUGACAGCCUUAUAAAACAAGUCUGGAUCAUUUUUCCUUAGAGGAUUAUAACCCACAAUACCGUUUAUUAAAUCUAGACUCAUUAAAAUAGCAAUAGGUGCAAUGUAAAUUGUAAUUUGAGUGAACAAAAUGUGCCCAAAACGUGCAGAAACCAAAUGUGACUUGUCUUUAAAGAGCUGCAGGUGGAAAACUGAGCAUGACAAACACAAAGUAUUCGUUUUCAUAUCAGAGAAAGAAGAGGAAUGAAAUUCAUAUUCUCAUCUUGUAUUUAUUUACACAUCCGGGUGUCUGCGCGCUCCCUCCUCCUCCCGGUGGCGCGUUCAUGUCUCAUGGGAAAUAAGCUCUUCAACAAUAACAAAGUAACUUUCAGAUUUUUGUUUUUUCUGAAAAAAAGAUAUUGCUUGUGAUAAAUAAUUCUCCACUUUGACACAAUUUACACACAAACACGUUAUAUGUGAUGCGUUUGCAUCUAUGCUUUACAGCAUUAAAUCAAUGUCAAAAACAUCCAAAAAUACAUUGACCUCCAUUCAAAACUUCAGCAAAGAAGUUGGCUUUCAGUUGCCAAAGUCAACAACCCGAAAUAUGAAGUGAAACACGUGGGGGGAAACUAAAAGGAUCUUUGUGUUUGAAAGCAUACAAUAUAAGCUCUAUUACUGUUUUAUUAGGCCAAAACUGAGCAAAAAACAUACAUGUAUAUAUGUAUAUAAAAAGAAUAAAGGUCAUUUUAAUUUAAGAUGAGAUUUAUGAUGUUGAUACCUUGAGUUUAUUGAUCAUAUGCAGCGAAACUAAAGUGGCACUGCAGCAAAAGAAGAAGAACAGAUGCAUAGAUACAAAGUCUUGACCAAAAUAAUCACAAAUAUAGUUCAUGGUUCUUUUAUUUGACAUUUUACAAACAUAAUAGGGUUGAACAAUGAAAGGUAAACUGUAGCUACUUCAUGCGAUACAUAAAUUUACUUUAAAAACAUUUACUUUUAUAUCUACUUAUAUACACAUAUAUCUAUGCACAUAUGCGUGUGGAGAUGAAGUCAUUGCAAUAAAUAAUUAAAUAGAAAAAUGGCUAAAAGUAAGAAAAACAAAUAGAAAAUGCUGAAGAGCACAUACGAAAACAAAUGUACUCCAAAUAAAACAUAAAAUUAAUAGACUUUAAAAAGGGGGAACAUUUAUUUCCACCUGAAUGCCACUCUGAACCUGCGUUCCAUCUUUCCCACGGGAGCCUGAAGGCAGCACAGCCACCCAUUGGCCAGCCAUAGCUGUCGAUCACAGCUCCAUCUCCCUCCCACGUGGUGACGUUCCGUACCAAAGUAACCAGAGGCCAGUCCAUUACGCACACAAAAGACACAACAAAAGCUCGUGUUGGGGGAAAAAAUGAAACCCGUCAGCACCCAAAGGACACAACAAUAAGUUCCCGUCUGGCAGCACCACACAUGGACCAGAGCCUGGGACGACGACAAGCAUUGAAUCAACUUAGAAAAGAAAACAUCAGACUGAAAAACACCUCUUGUCUUUCUUCAGUUUUCCACCAAGCUGCGUUUUGUUCUGAUGAUCCAGAUGGUUUGAUUUUCUCCCGUGGUGUCUGUGUGGAGCCUGCCACACACCCACUCCACAACAACGACGGCUUUUGCCUGCAUCUUCCAGUGCUUCUUCUGUCAGCAAGUCCAGCAGAGCUGCAACUCUUCCAGUGCCAGCCCGGACACCUGCGAAGAGCCCUGCCCCACUGACAUGGUGAAGAUGACCAAGUCAAAGACCUUCCAGGCUUACCUGCCGAACUGCCACCGCACCUACAGCUGCAUCCACUGCCGGGCACACCUGGCCAACCAUGACGAGCUCAUCUCAAAGUCAUUUCAAGGCAGUCAAGGAAGAGCCUAUCUGUUUAAUUCGGUGGUGAAUGUCGGCUGCGGGCCAGCCGAGGAGCGGGUUCUCCUCACAGGUUUACACGCUGUGGCUGACAUCUACUGUGAAAACUGUAAAACCACACUGGGCUGGAAAUAUGAACACGCGUUUGAGAGCAGUCAAAAGUACAAAGAGGGAAAGUUCAUCAUCGAGCUGGCUCACAUGAUCAAGGACAAUGGAUGGGAGUGACGCUCCUCUUUUCUUUUUCUGACCUUGGAAUGCUCUUUAUUGAACUGCGUGGAGCGACGGCCAUCGACCACCCCCCACCCCACCUCCACCAACCUCCACCCUCUCGCCUCCUUCACGUGCACACUCGCCCAUCGUGAAAACGAACA